AUGAGUUGUAAUAUUAAAAAAAAGACGUCGCCAUGUUGGAACGAUAUGGAAGAAUUAAAGUAUCUUCUCUGUGCUAUCGAUUGUUGCAAAUGUCCGCCCGCUCCACCACAACCAAUAUGUCGUGUAAUAUUACCACCUAGAAUUCAAGAGAUUGGCUGUAUCACUCCAUGUCAGAGACCUGUGUGUUGUCCACCACCGCCAUGCUGUUUGCCUUUAUCAUCAGGACCCUGCUGUCCUUGUCCUUUACCACCUCCAUUAUGUCCAUUACCACCACCACUUCCGCCUCCCCCAAGGCCUUGCUGUCCACCGUGCUGUCCAUUACCAUGCUACCCUCGCAUUUGCUGA